CUUUUUUCUUUUUUGCCCCUAAAGUGGCUAUGCAGCUGAGAACAUCAUAAAAGUCCUCCAAGGACAAUGUAUUGGUACCCUUUUUCAUCAAGAUGCACAUUUGUGGGAGUCAGUUAAAGACAUGGGUGCACGUGAAAUGGCAGUUGCUGCAAGAGAAAGUUCCAGGCGGCUUCAGGCAUUGUCUUCAGAAGAAAGGAAAAAGAUUUUACUAGCUGUAGCCAAUGCUCUUGAAACAAAUGAAAAAUUGAUCACUGAGGAAAAUGAAGCUGAUGUAGCUGCUGCAGAAAAAGCAGGGUAUGAAAAAUCCUUGAUAUCUCGGCUGGUUUUGAAGCCUGGGAAGAUUUCCAACCUUGCAAAGUCGAUUCGUAUGCUUGCAAACAUGGAAGAUCCAAUUGGACAUGUUCUGAAGAGAACCCAGAUUGCAGAGGGGCUCAUCUUAGAGAAAACAUCAAGUCCUUUGGGUGUUCUUCUUAUUGUUUUUGAGUCUCGACCUGAGGCACUAGUGCAGAUUGCCUUGCUAGCAAUCCGAAGUGGGAAUGGGCUUCUGUUGAAAGGAGGAAAGGAGGCCAAGCAAUCAAAUGCUAUCUUGCUCAAGGUUAUAACUGAAGCCAUUCCAGAGAGUGUUGGGAGCAAACUUAUUGGACUUGUGACUUCAAGAGAUGAGAUUCCUGAUCUUUUGAAGCUUGAUGAUGUCAUUGACCUUGUGAUCCCAAGAGGAAGCAACAAACUUGUUUCUCAGAUCAAGAAUUCUACAAAAAUUCCUGUACUUGGUCAUGCUGAUGGAAUUUGCCAUGUGUAUGUUGAUAAGUCUGCUGAUAUGAAUAUGGCAAAACGGAUUGUUUUGGAUGCAAAAGUUGAUUAUCCAGCAGCUUGUAAUGCAAUGGAAACACUUCUUGUACAUAAGGAUUUGGUGCAGACUGGUGGGCUCAAUGACCUGGUUGUUGAUCUUCGUCUUGAAGGUGUUACUUUAUAUGGUGGACCUAGGGCAAGUGCUGAGUUGAAUAUCCCAGAGACACAUUCAUUUCAUCAUGAAUACAAUUCAACUGCCUGCACUGUUGAAAUAGUAAAUGAUGUGCAAGCAGCCAUUGAUCAUAUCCAUGAACAUGGAAGUGCACAUACAGAUUGCAUCAUAACAGAAGACCAUGAAGUUGCAGAAGUCUUUCUACGUCAAGUUGACAGUGCUGCAGUUUUCCAUAACGCAAGCACAAGAUUUUGUGAUGGGGCACGAUUUGGAUUGGGUGCAGAGGUUGGGAUAAGCACUAGUAGGAUACAUGCCCGUGGCCCAGUUGGAGUUGAAGGAUUGUUAACAACUAGAUGGAUUCUUAGAGGAAGUGGACAGGUAGUGGAUGGAGAUAAGGGAGUCACUUACGUCCACAAAGACAUACCAAUCGACUCUUAAAUCCGUAUCAAAACAUUCAGAAAAUAAAGCUGAAAAUAUUGGAGAUGAUCAUGAAAACCAAGGGGACUCUUGCCAUCUGGAUCCUUGAUCAAAAAUUAGAAAAUAUGAAGUUGAAAACUUUUGAAACAGAGCCCCCUUAUUGUUUUUAUUUUUCUGUAGUGUUGCACAGAGGGUUAUUAGGAGAUAUUUAUAUUCAUCUUGACAUCAUUCUAGUUACUCGUGGCAGUUCUUUGG